AUGUCGCUGCGGAAUCUGGUCGUCGGCCCGCUGAGCGAGGAGUUCGUGUUCCGGGCCUGCAUGGUGCCGCUGCUCCUCGACGCGGGCCUGGGCACCGCGCGCGCGGUGUGCUGCAGCCCGCUGUUCUUCGGCGUCGCGCACCUCCACCACCUCCGGCGGCGCGUGCGCGACGACCGCGCGCCCGUGCUCGAGGCCCUGGGCCAGACGCUCUUCCAGUUCGCCUACACGACGCUCUUCGGCGUCUACACGGCCUUUGUGUUCGCGCGGACGGGCAACCUCGCCGCGGCGUUCGCGUGCCACGGCUUCUGCAACUACAUGGGCCUGCCGGACCUCGACUUUAGCUGCGUGCCCAGCGACCUGCCCUGGCUCUCGAAGCGCGAAAAGCUCGUCCAGGUCGUGCUCCACAAGCACCGGACGUUGCUCUUCGCGCUCCACGGCGCCGGCAUGGCCCUCUUCGGCGCGCUCCUCUUCCCGCUCACGCGGCCCGAGGCCUUUGGUUCCCCCUACUGGCCCUAA